GCCAUUUGACUGCAGUCCAAGCCUUAUGCCAAGUUAUCCGUACUCCUUUUAUAGGUGACAAAAUACCUGUCUACAUCAUAGUUCUUCUAAGGACAGGUGAAGAGGACUAAUACCAAAUACAGAGAGGAGCACAGACACAGACAAGUGUCUGGAAGGAUGGUCAGGAUAUCGGCCUCAACUGUCCUUUUAUUUAUGUCAGGAAUACUGCUUUCAAAUCACUGUAUAAAUGGACAGACAAGUCAGACAACACGCAAUACUUUAGAAAUCAUCUCUGAGACCAGCAUCCCACAGAAAGUUGAAUACCUUAUGAGCUCUAAUGCUUUGACGGAUGUGAGUAAAACAAUGACGGUCUUGGAUUCUCUGAAGGCACAGGACAGCGCCACCACUAGACAGCAAGUGCUCACAUUCAUGAUUAGUUUUAACAUGAAAUUUGCGGAGGUUGAUGAAAAAAUAAUGACCCCGGAGGUGAGACAAGCAGCCAUGACUUACAUGCUUAACAAAUAUGUAUCUGGUUUAAAUUCCUCGAUGGCGGACCAGACUUCAGACUUCAAGGAAACUUUCCGAUAUUUCAUAGGGGGGAUCACACCUGAAGCAGUCCAACAAAUCCCGGACACUAUAAACUGUGACACCUACAAGAACAUACUUAGUGGCAUCAACAGUGGGUUUGAUAAAUUUUCCGACAACGUCAUAAGCUCUGUGUUUAAUUGGAUCAUUCGAUACAUGGACUAUCAUUACAAUAGCACCUCAGGUGUCUGUAGCAGCUUGUACACCGAUAGUAGGAGCUUUGUCCAAGUCAUGUUCCAGAGGUUUUCCCGCAAAGCUACAGUCUAUCAAUUUCAAUAUUACUACUCCACGUUUAACGCGUUUUCUUGCCUAGACCUCCUCACUGGUGCACAUCUGGGCAACCUCCUCGCGAAUACCACAGCAAUCACAAACCAACUGGACGCAGCCCUGAUCCUUGUUGAAAUGAAAAAACGUGAUACUGAGGAUGUCAAGUCAUUUUUUCCCGCAAUAAACGAGGUGGCUCGAGAGAAAAAGAUUACACAGCUGCCAGACAGCAAUGUCCGGAACAUGAUUUUCACAACAUUGAAGUCAACAUUGUUUGAGAGCUUAAAGACCACGAAUGAUUAUAAAUUAUGGUUGGGAGAAGAACUUGUGAUUUUUCUCGAAAGUUCUUCCCCCAAAGACAUUGGCUCCCUUCGCAUGGAUAUUGACUGCUCUUCCCAAAGCAACAUUGUUGGGGGCUUCAGUAAAGUCUAUUCUCAACUGGAUGAUGACCAAAGAAGAGCCAUGUAUAACCGAAUCAAAACAUUCAACCAAGAAGUCCUGGCUUCUACAGGAAGUGCUUGUCCAACUCCUUCUGGAAGCAGUAGUAAAUGGCUUAUGACAUUCUUUGGAAAUUUCAGUGGACAGGCUACACUUGCAGAUUUACAAACAGGCAACCCAGAAUUCAACCCGGUUUCGUCCCUGAACGCAUUCACUGGUUCUCAAUUGGCAGACUACACUAUUGAGUCUGGAGCCCUGAAGAACGAAUCAGCCAUUACUCCAGUAUUGGACAACAUAGACUCCAGUGACAAAGCAAAAGAAUUCUUAGAUCAGGUCAACAGUAGGGCUUCGGAGGACCUGCAGAACAGCCCAAUGGGGAAUUUGAUCCUGAACAAAACCUUCAACGUCCUCUCUCCAGUCAUGAAAACUUUCCAGCCAGUCCAGUGGAAGUCGUGGUUCCAGGACACACUAAUGCCCAUCCUUCACAAUGUUGAUGGAACACAACUGGAGAAAAUCGACUACCCAAUGGAAUGUGCAUCGUAUCAACAACUGCUGACUGGAUUAAACAAUGUGUAUGAUAGAAUGAGUGCGAAGUCACGGCAGGCUGUAUAUGACAAACUUAUCCGACCACAGUUUGAUUCCGUUAGGGCUAUAUCAGGUGUGAAGUGUGGACAGAAGGGGGAGAAUCCUGAAGUCUAUAUCCAAAAGAACUAUGGCCGUUUUUUUUCAUAUGUGUCCUUUAGUCAAUUUGAAGACACAACAAUUUACCCCAGCCCUAUGGAUGUGAUGAGAAGUUUCAGCCCUAAUCAGAUGGCUGAUUUUGCUGUCUCCGAGGCCACAAAUGAGGGAGUUGCCUACCAGCUUGCAGCCAGGUUGCGGCAGUUUGAUGUUAGCGAUGUCAAUUCCUUCCUGGACACAAUGUCUGCGACUCUGAAGAAGAAGAACAUGAGUUCGGGAUCAGUGUCAAAUACGGUUGGCUCUCAAUUGAUAUCUUCAUCUCUCUCCGUGAUCAAUAACUCUCUGUCCUCUUAUAGCUCUAGCGAUUGGAAAGCCUUGGUGUCUAAUAGACUACAACCAUUAUUUUUCAGCAUAAACUCUAAACAGUUGUCCACCCUGUUGGAAUCUGCUGACUGCAGUGCAUACAAAAUGAUUUUGCAGGAGUUGGACAAUAAUUAUGAUAACUUCACAACUGACAAUCGCUUGAGCCUAUUUGGAGUUUUGAAUGGAUAUAUCCGCAGCAAAACAACAGAUAAAGGUUUCUGUCCUGAGGAUGGAGAGAAUAGCGCCACUGCAAUCAAGAACUCAGUAGGCAAAUUUUCUCCUUAUAUGAAUUAUUCCCAGUUCAAGGAAAUUUAUCCCGGCUUCAAUUGGUCAACAGUGAACUUCCUGAGCCCCAGCCAGCUGGCCUCUGUGACACUCACCGAAAAUGUAUUUACCGAUCAAGUCCAGGCCAACGCUCUCAAUGAUAGACUGAUGAAGAUGUCUUUCAGCGACACAGAUGCGUACCUCCGUGCUGCACAGCCAACUCCACAAAAGAACAGAGCUGUGACCAUUGACUAUGGGCUCAUUUCACAGUCAAUUACCAGUUCCAUCUUCUCCAUCAUCUCAAAACAAUUUCCUUCUUUCAGCAAUAGACAGUGGAAUGAUUAUUUUGGCUCUGGCUCGGGUUCUGCCUCUAUCUCGGGCUCUGGCUCAGGUUCUGCCUCUAUCUCAGGCUCGGGCUCUGCCUCUAUCUCGGGCCCUGCCUCUAUCUCGGGCUCUGGCUCGGGCUCUGCCUCUAUCUCAGGCUCUGACUCGGGUUCUGCCUCUAUCUUGGGCUCUGGCUCGGGUUCUGCCUCUAUCUCAGGCUCUGGCUCGGGCUCUGCCUCUAUCUCGGGCUCUGUCUCGGGUUCUGCCUCUGUCUCGGGCUCUGGCUCGGGUUCUGCCUCUAUCUCGGGCUCUGGCUCUGGCCCUGCCUUAAUGAGCAAGUUCCUCCCAUCCCUCCAAGCGAACCAGGUUCAACAGAUACCUGAAACCAUUGACUGCACAUCUUACCAGUCUGUCGUUUUUGGGUUUAGCAGUUCCUACAAUGAAUUGCAAGAUGACGUAAAAGCUGUAAUUUAUUCAAAGGCCAAGUCAUACCUCCUAAGACAAAAAGAAUUAACUGGAUCUGCAUGCCCCACCUCAGGCAACAGCGGCAUUUGGCUUGUUCGCAAUUUGGGUGAAAUGCGUGUAGCAGCCCCCUUGGCUGAUAUUUUAGCUAUAAACCCAGGCUUUUCUGUGAUGGACGCAGUGUCAGAUCUCACUCCGAAGCAGCUGGGUUCAUUUUUGGCCAACAAAAAUGUGUUGUCAGACAAGGACAAAAUGUAUACAAUCUUGUCAGCAAUAAACAGCAAAUCUAUUGGUCCCUUCAUGGAUUCUUUCAAUGUAGCAGCUAAAAUGAAUGGAAUCGCUGAAAUCAAUAAUGCAGCUAUUAAAGGCUUCCUUGGACAAGUCUUCUGCAAAGCUGAACCUAGUUUUUCUUCCUUCACUGUGGCCGAUUACAGGGACUUUAUGGAAAAUAAGCUCCAGAUGUUCCUCUCAUCCCUCAAUGCCAGGUCCUUCAGCUACAUUCCAACAGAUAUAGGCUGUGACUCCCUGGCUGCAAUCAUGGAACCCUUAAUCGGUGUUCAAAAUCCUAAAAACCCCACUGAUGUCUUUAACUUUGUGAGCUUAGUUCUGACAGCACAGAAAGCAAGCACAGGUUCUGCCUGCUUGGGUAACCUUGACACAAGAUCAUGGGUAGGCAAAUACUGGGGACAUUACGUGACAUCAGGAUCGUGGAGAGCUAUCAAAGUCUUGCGCCCGGAUUUCGAUGUGGCGUCGGGUGCAGAUCUUUUGAGUGCUACCCAGCGGGCUGCUGCAUCUGUUGAAUCCAAUGUCAUUAAUAACGUUACAGCUAUAUCAACUGUGGUGGACACCUUCAAAGGAAACAUCACCUCUCUGUCUACCUACAUGAAAACAUUGCAGCAGUCUGUUUUAAUAGACCCAACUCUGCUAUCAAACAAUAAAGUGAAAGAAGCUUUGCUGGGAGCCGCUUCAAAGAAUAUUUUCACCAAAUUUGAUACCUUAUCUGCGUCAGAAGUCCAAAACUCAUUGACUGGUAUCUCUUUCCUCCUACUGUCCAUCGAUGCAAGCAUUUUAGAUGACAUACCUUACACCAUUGGCUGUCCACAGUUCCAGGCCUUUGUCUCUGUCAUGAAUUCGGUGUUCUCAAGUCUCACAGAUCCAAAAAAGAAGGACGUAGCAAACUUCAUUAGGGGUUUCUUAAAUUAUAAAGUAAACAAUAGAGAUGAUCCAUGUACCAUUGGCACCUCGAACACAGUUCAAUGGGUUACCCAAAAUAUUGGCAGCUAUUGCUCCAUUCUGUCAGCUGGUGACCUGGAAAGGAUUUACCCCAAUUUGGACACAGGAAGUUAUACAUUGUUAUGCAACUUAUCUUAGGCCCCAUACACACGAUGGACCGUUUCCGCGGAUAAAUCCUCUCGAGGAUUUCAGCAGAUUUUAAUGCG